AGCCAGCAGACGGGUCAGAACCGCAGGAAUCGGAACCAGAAGAUCCAACAUGGCCGCAUGUUCAGGAUGUGGACCCGGAUACCGCAGCCCGCUGGACGCCAUGAAGGGCCCCCGUGAGCGGAUCGUCUACCUGCCCUGUAUCUACCGCAGCACCGCGGUCCAGAAGCCCGACUACCUGGCCACAGUGGACGUCGACCCGGAGUCGCCCACGUACUGCCAGGUGAUCCACCGCCUGCCGAUGCCGAACCUGAACGAUGAGCUGCAUCACUCUGGUUGGAACGCCUGCAGCAGCUGCUUCGGCGACCCGACCCGAACCCGGAACCGGCUCAUCCUGCCGUCGCUCAUCUCCUCCCGGAUCUACGUGAUCGAUGUGGGAACCGAGCCCAGAGCGCCGCGGAUCCACAAGACGGUGGAGCCCAUCGAUCUGUACUGGAAGUGCGGCCUGGAACCUCACACCAGCCACUGCCUGGCCAGCGACCAGAUCAUGAUCAGCUGCAUGGGAGAGCCAGCAGGUGGCGGUAAAGGGGGCUUUGUCCUGCUGGACGGUGAGACGUUUGAGGUGAUCGGUAACUGGGAGCAUCCAGGUGAGGCGGCGCCGUUCGGCUACGACUUCUGGUACCAGCCCCGCCACAAUGUGAUGAUCAGCACCGAGUGGGGGGGCGCCCAAAGCGCUGGUCCACGGCUUCAACCCAGCCACGUCAAGGAAGGUCUCUACGGAUCCGCCCUCCAUGUCUGGGACUGGACCAGCCACAGGAAGCUGCAGACUCUGGAACUGGGAGAAGAUGGCGCCAUUCCUUUGGAGGUCCGCUUCCUGCACGACCCCGACGCCACCGAGGGCUACGUGGGAUGUGCCCUGCGGGGAUGUGUCUUCAGGUUCUACAGAACCCCGAAAGGCGACUGGGCCGCAGAGAAGGUCAUCAGUGUUCCCAGUAAGAAGGUGGAGGGAUGGAUGCUACCUGAGAUGCCAAGCCUCAUCACUGACAUCCUGAUCUCGUUGGAUGAUCGCUUCCUCUACUUCAGCAACUGGCUCCACGGUGACAUCAGACAGUAUGACAUCACAGACCGCAGGAACCCUCGAUUGGUUGGACAGGUGUUCCUGGGAGGAAGCAUCAUCAGAGACGGACCAGUCAAAGUCCUGGAGGAUCCAGAAAAGCAGGAGCAGCCGGCUCCUUGCAUCAUCAAGGGGAAGCGUGUCCCUGGAAGUCCCCAGAUGCUGCAGCUCAGUCUGGACGGUCGGAGACUUUACGUCACCACGUCUCUGUUCAGCGGUUGGGACAAGCAGUUCUACCCGGACAUGAUGAGAGAGGGCUCGGUGAUGAUGCGGAUCGAUGUGGACGUGGAGCGGGGCGGCCUGUCCCUCAACCCGGACUUCCUGGUGGACUUCGGCCGGGAGCCCGACGGGCCGGCGCUGGCCCACGAGCUGCGCUACCCGGGGGGCGACUGCACCUCCGACAUCUGGGUCUGACGUAGGAGCGCUUUAUCAGCAGCUCCGGUUUGAAAUGUUUCUGCUGAAAAGCCUUUGAAUAAAUCAGAUUUCUGUCUCUAAAAGAUAAAAGACAAAAACGUAAAUCUGCUCUUCACUGGUCGCAACGCGGCGGCGCGACCCGCAGCAGUUGCUAUGCUACACUGCCAUGCUACACUGCUAUGCUACACUGCUAUGCUACACUGCUAUGCUGCACUGCCAUGCUACACUGCUAUGCUACACUGCCAUGCUACACUGCUAUGCUACACUGCUAUGCUACACUUUUAUGCUUCGCUGCUAUGCUAUGCUGCACUGCUAUGCUACACUGCUAUGCUACACUGCUAUGCUACACUUUUAUGCUUCGCUGCUAUGCUAUGCUGCACUGCCAUGCUACACUGCUAUGCUACACUUUUAUGCUACGCUGCUAUGCUACACUGCUAUGCUACACUGCUAUGCUACACUUUUAUGCUACGCUGCUAUGCUACACUGCUAUGCUACACUUUUAUGCUUCGCUGCUAUGCUAUGCUGCACUGCUAUGCUACACUGCUAUGCUGCACCAGUAAAGUAUUUAGCAGAAGCUAAUGCUAAGGUGCUAAUUUUAAGGCAAAUUAAAUCUACAAUUUUUGAACCAUU